UAAUUCGAAGGAAUUCCUGAUUGAGGAAGCUACAGUAAUACAAGGUCGAGGAUCAACUCAGGUUUGAUGGCACUUCUUCUCCCACCAGUAACCACAAUUGAGAAGAACAAGGAUUUCUAGGGAAAAUACAUUGGACCAGUUAUUGGACAUGUUAAGGAUCCCUGAGCCCCAAACAGGAAGACUUUGUAUGCCUGAUCAUAAGGCAUGAAAAGAAUUAAGAAGAAAAGAUUUUGGGCAUCUUGCUUCUGUUUUAUGGCUUCCUUUUUUCUCCUGAUCACUUUCCAGGUGAUUGUAGAACUGGGCAGGUCUGAACAGUUGACUUCACAAAACGACGCUUCCAGAGAAGAUGGGUUACAGAAAUAUCCUCUGUUUUUCAAAAGGCCAAAACCUGACCACAGUACAAGAAAGAAAGUGCACAAAGGCACGUAUCCCAUCUUGCUGUGGUGGUCUCCACUCACAGGAGAGUCUGGAAGGCAGGCUCAGUGUGGCGAGGAUAUUUGCUUCUUUACCAUUAACAGGACUUACCAACACAAUCCUAUGACUAGAGCCUUUCUUUUUUACGGUACUGAUUUCAGCAUACACAGCUUACCUUUGCCCCGUGCAGGCUUCCAUGACUGGGCUCUUUUUCACGAGGAGUCCCCCAAAAACAACUACAAGCUUUUCCAAGCUCCUACCAUCACUUUGUUCAACCACACAGCCACUUUCAGCCGCCACUCACACCUAUCGCUUACCACCCAGUAUCUUGAAAGUAUUAAGGCCUUGAAGUCGCUGAAGUACACAGUUUCUUUGCAAAAAAAGAACAGCUUGCGGAAGAGACUUGCGCCGCUGGUCUAUGUACAAUCUGAUUGUGAUCCUCCCUCUGACAGAGACAGUUACGUAAAAGAGCUGAUGGCUCACAUUGAAAUUGAUUCCUACGGGGCUUGUUUGCAUAAUAGAGAUCUUCCAGAGCAUCUCCAAAAUCCAUCCUCCAUGGACAGCGAUAGUUUUUACAAAAUACUUGCUCAGUAUAAAUUCGUCCUGGCUUUUGAGAACUCAGUCUGUGAAGAUUAUAUCACUGAAAAACUCUGGAGGCCCUUAAAGCUGGGAGUGGUGCCUGUUUAUUAUGGCUCUCCCACUGUUCAAGACUGGCUUCCAAGCAACAAGAGUGCCAUUCUCAUCACAGAUUUUCCACACCCAAGGGACCUGGCUCAGUAUAUCAAAGCUUUGGAUGCAGAUGACAAGGAAUAUCUGGCCUACCUUGAAUGGAAGUUGAAAGGUGACAUUUCCAACAAACAAUUGCUUGCUGUUAUCAAAGAACGCACAUGGGGAGUGCAAGAUAUUAUGAAGGACAACUACAUAGAUGCCUUUGAGUGCAUGGUGUGCACCAGGGUAUGGGAAAAUAUCAGGAGCCAAGCGAAGGGAAUGCUACCAAGAAGAUGGAAGGUAGAAGCAAACCAUCUGAGCUGCCCCAGUCCUCAAGCGUUUACUUUUUCUCCUCUCAGUGUGCAGAGAACUGUGGUAUGGAGAUCAAGCUUUGAACAAUCUAAGAGAGAAGCUCGGGCACUGCAGCAGCUGGUAGAAAACAACAGGAAUUUCACAGCCCUGGAAUUUUGGACUCUGGUUUUUAGAGACUAGUUUA